GCUGAUCGCCGUGGAUGAACGGAGCAUUUUACGGCGGAAAACUUUUGGGGCCUCCACGGGCUCGGUGGCACAUUCCACUCACUGGAGAGCUCAAGCAAAGCUUGAAAGAGUGGACUGACCGGCCAUGGUCAACCCAUGUGCUGGGGAAACACUGCUGCAGUCCGCCGCCCGCCGCACUUUCCCCAAAGCGCGACUCUCAUCGCCGCGACUGACUUUUCCGCCCGCUUGGUCCAGAACCGCAAGCUCCCCGUUCUUCUCAGCGUCACCGUCUUUUGCUUCGUCGUCCUCUUCUCGUUCCGCUGGCGGUCCCACCACCAAACCCGACUGGCGCGCCAUGGCCGAAAAGGAACUCACCAACUACCUGCGGCAGACGCACGACCGCGUGUUCGAGCACAACCGCGCGUGGGCGGCCGACAAGAAAGCGCAGGACCCGGACUUCUUCACCAAGCUGUCGGCCGGGCAGAGCCCGGAGUACCUGUGGAUCGGGUGCAGCGACUCGCGGAUCCCCGCCGAGCAGAUCGCGGGGCUCGAGCCCGGCGACGCGUUCGUGCACCGCAACAUCGCCAACCUGGUGUGCAACACGGACCUCAACGCUAUGAGCGUCGUCACGUACGCCGUCGAGCACCUCCAGGUCAAGCACAUCGUCGUGUGCGGCCACUACGGCUGCGGCGGCGUCAAGGCCGCCAUGACCGCCAAGGACCUCGGCCUGCUGAACCCCUGGCUGCGCAACAUCCGCGACGUCUACCGCCUGCACGAGACGGAGCUCGACGCCAUCGCCGACGAGGAGGCCCGCUACAACCGCCUGGUAGAGCUCAACGUCUACGAGCAGUGCCGCAACGUGGUCAAGACCGCCUGCGUGCAGCAGUCGUACGCCCGCAACAAGUUCCCCAUCGUGCACGGCUGGGUCUUUGGCUUCCACGACGGCCUGCUCAAGGACCUGAAGGUGGACUUUGCGGGCAUGCUGAAGGACAUCCAGAAGAUCUACAACUUGACCGGGUAACUGCCUCCUCGACCUAGUGUAGGGGGUGCUCUGCUGUGCAGGGUUACUCCACUUUGGUGCUGGCCAAGCCUGCAAGGUUUUCUUCGCCGUUGUUUCUGUGAGCCACCAGCAAUACAUAGAAUAGAUAUCCACAAGGCGGCACAGCACAGCUUGGCUGGAUGACGUGUUUGCUGUGCGGGUGGGGUACCCUGCACUAGCUGAUCCUUCGAGCGGACAGCACGAAUUCGGUGACUUGAAAACAGCUGCCUACACUUUGCGGGCAAGAGGCUUCGAUUCCUGCAUCGCCCGUGUUACGGCAAUUCCCAGCCAGGAGGAACAGACAGUAAGCCAACUCACGUCACUAGUGGAUCUGCCGGUACAGCUUAAACUCGCUACGUUCUGUUCAUGUCUGUCCAGCACCGUGAGCC